UCUUGAUCAUUGGAGGUAUCAGAAAGAUAUGGAACAAGACGGUCGACAACCAGUCUGGCCACCGCACUAUAUUGUUGAGAGUGGAAAUAACACACCUACGUAUCCAUCCGCUGAACAAGACGACCCAAUGCAACAUAACGGAGUAUCUAGCUCAGAGGGGUUGGUGGAGCAGAGACCCCGACCCUUUCGACCAUACAUGGCGGGAUAUGAACCUCAACCCAGUGGUCAAGCUUAUAGCGACAACGAACCUCAGUCUACAGUAAGAGAGAGUGAUAUAGCUACUGUAGCGUACCAAGCAGCAGAGAGAAUACCUGCGACACCAGACAAUGAAGCAGUUCCUGUACAGAAUCCCAGCACACCCGAUUCAAGUCUACCUCCAGACUCCCCCGUCCUACAUCAAAUGGAACCUCCCGCUCAAUCAGCCAGCCAUGUAAUGCCUGCAGUUGCUCCAGUUUACAAUGUGACCGUACCAUUAGAGAACAGAAUCGGGGUAGCGCCACCACCACCCGCGGUAGAACCAGAUGUGGAGCAACCUCCAAGUGGAGAUGUUCUUGUCUUGAUAUCUGUCGGCAGCGGUGGGAUUGUCGAGGAUGCUGGAGCCGGACCUUCUUCAGCAUCUGACAAUCAGUUUGAAGGAAGACGCUCAACCAGGCUCUCUCAGCUCCCUAGUACAUCUGGCUUAAAUGCCGAGUCAAUGAUCGAAGAUGAUCAGGAUUUACUUGAUGAGGAGGAAUUCUUGAAGCAGGGAGCGUUACAGACCAUCUCGGACAACCCUGUAAUCUCCAGAGCUAGAGCAAGUCUCCCAAGUCAACUACAAAUCUUCAAAGUAGAGAAUAAUGAAGUUGGUGUAUUUGCGAAGAGAGUUAUUCCAAAGCGCACCCAGUUUGGUCCAAUGGAGGGCAAGAUCUUACGACAAGAAUUCUUACACAAAGGAACAUUGAAAUGGCUGGUUAAACGAGAUGGACAAGAUGCCUAUCUCGACUGCUCCGACGAACAGGAAAGUAACUGGAUGGGUUUCAUUCGGCCGGCCAAACGCUACAGUGAGCAGAAUCUGAUUGCGUUCCAACUCGAGAACUCCAUCUACUUUGCUACCAUUAAGAGCGUGGAACCCAAGACGGAGCUGAAAGUGUGGUACGCAAAGUCUUACGCUGAGCUCAUUGGAGAGAAGGUGCUAGAAAUAACAGCAGAGGAAGCGGCAGAACUUCAAGACAAGGAAAACUCCUGGCCAUGUUUUGAAUGCAGUCGAAAGUUCAGAACGUCGGAGCUACUUCAGAAGCAUCUAGCAACCCACGACGCUUUGCACAGUCGAGCCUCCCGGGGCCGACCCCGAGGCCGAAGAGGAAGACCUCGAAAAUACCCUGAAGGCUAUCAGCGGAAGCAGCUCGUGGCUCAGGCCAAGCUGCGUCAGUCUCGACGGGUCCAACGCAAGAAACCAGAACAGUUCAACUGCAACAUGUGCCCCAAGUCUUUCCCCAGGUUGUAUAGUCUGCAGCGACACAUGGUCAUGCAUUCUGGCGAGAAGAACUUCACCUGUAACAUCUGUAACAAGACCUUUGCUCAUAUCUACAACCGCACCAGGCACUUGAGACGUCAUGAAGAGAAAGGGGAGUACCCGGGGAUGCCGCUUCAAAAGCAGUCAAGUCAGUCGAUGUGGGGUUGCGACAGCUGCGAUCUCGAGUUUGAGAGUGAGGAGCUUCUAAAUCUCCACGAGUUGACUCACUCGCCAUCUCUGACAGAUCCUGAAUGGGAUGAAGGCGAGGACGGUCCGAUGGCAGUGGCAGCUCGUCUGCUGGUGGAUGCCUCAUCUAUAGUCAGUGCUAAUCAUGCUGGAGAGACUUCUACAGGGCAGCAGUUUGAUCCUCAAGGUGGGGCUGCUACACCUGUCAUGGUCUCAAGGAGUGGACCUCUUGGCAAUCCUCUCACUCAGGCUACCUCUGGAAUCAUUCCGAUGCAAAUCUCCACUAAUCCACCUGUCCAACCAGAAGCAACGAUCCAACAGCAACAACCAUCCAUGAUGCAGCCUUCUCAACAGCCAGCAGUCUCUGUUUCCUUUCAGCAAAUUCCUGGUGUUCAGGAAAUGGGACAAGUGUCUGUGCCACCUCCUCAGUACCCGAACCAAAACCUUGUGGCAAACACACCAGGACAGCUACAGAGCCAGAAUGUCAUAUUCCCGGGAGACUGGCCUUCGGGUUCAAAUCAGCAACCACAGAAUCAGGAAGGUAUAAUUCCUGCACUACCUGCAGACAGCGCUCUCCGAUGCCCAGAAUGCAAUGAGGUUUUCCAGAACAGGAAGUUUCUUGCCCUUCAUGCAUCCGCCCAUGGAAAGAAUCGCCCCGUCGUCGACAAGCCACCCCCAAUCCACCGCUGUGGGCAAUGCAGUAAGGUCUUCAAGGACAAAGCUAAAUAUGAGAGGCAUCUUAAUAUUCACUCCAGCGAUGCCUUCAAGCCUUUACAAUGUAAUGUCUGCGGGAAGCGCUUCAUGAGUAACUCGGCCAUCGCCUGUCAUAUGAAGGUGCACUCAGGGCAGAAAUACUACAAGUGUCCAUUCUGUGAAGAGGGCUUCGACCGCAUGGAGCUACUCAGAAAUCACGUCCCAUACCACAGUGUCAACGGCAUGUACACCUGUCCGCAUUGUGGUAAGCAGUUCAGGGACUACCCUCAGAUCCGGAAGCAUAUCCGCGGUUUCCACUCGCAGAAAGAGUUCCCCUGCCCUCACUGUGAGAGGAUCUUCCCCCGACCGGAUAAACUAAAGUUGCACAUGUUACGGCAUUCUGACCACAAGGAUUUCUUGUGCGCUAACUGCGGCAAACAGUUCAAACGGAAAGACAAGCUGAAGGAACACAUGCACCGAAUGCACAACCCCCAGCGCGAGGCCGCAAAUCUCGCCAUUGCAAGCAAGCCUCGGAAAGCACCAUUCAAACCAAAGUUUGCUCCUACAGACAUCAACGCAUUCACCUUCAAGUGCAGAGUGUGCUCCAUCGGGUUCAAGCGACGCGGAAUGCUCGUCAACCAUCUUGCCAAGCAGCACCCCGAAACACCACCAGAAACGGUUCCAGAGCUCAACCUACCGAUCGUCAAACCAAACCGCAACUACUUCUGCGCUUAUUGCGAGAAGGUGUACAAGAGCAGUAGUAAGAGGAAGAUUCACAUCUUGAAGAAUCAUCCAGGAUCUAUAGUUCCGCCAAGUCUGCGCAAGACAAAAGGAGAUCCCAAUAGUCCUCUUGGAGAUCCUCAUACGGCGCCUGCAGGUACCACUACAACCCACUACUUUGCCUGUGCCCACUGCCCUCGCCAGUACAGCACUAAAGCUAAGAUGAUGGAUCACGUGAGGAAGAAGCACAUGGAACCAGCACACACGUUGGAGACUUCACUCUCGACCACACCGGCCACAGUGACUGUCCUGCAACAAGAUGGUCAAAAUAUAUACCAGGAGGGCCAGGUCACACAAAUAGCUGUUGUGGCACACGUUCAGGACGGGAUGCCAGAAACAGUAUACAUCCAGGAGGCACCAGAUUAUCAACAGGUCAGCGAGGUCCAAUCCAUCACACCAGUUGCGCUGACCAAUCAUGUAGCGGGCCAGGGACAGCAGCCUAUACUGACGUCCUCAUUGCACGGCCAGGCAGCUCAUGUUAUAGCAACGAUUGCUGCUGCAGCGCAAGAAGCUGCGCAACAGCAGCAGAAUAAUCAAGAGCAUCAGAUCAUUCGUCAACCGGAGCUGAUUCGAUACAUCGACACCACCAAUACGGGCCAAGGUCAAUCAGAAGCUGUACAGGCAGAUCUCCUGACUCAAGCCAUGUCCGAACUCUCACAGUCCAUAGAGUUCCGUCAGCAACCAGUCGGCGACUAUCAACAUCUGACACAACGUAUCAUUCAACACGCUGUACAACCAGGUCAACAGAUCCAACUGCAGCCCCAGACCAUCCAAGUCACCCAAAUUCCAGUCUCUCAAAUCCCGGUGACGCAAGUAACCAACGCCCAGAUUCCAGUGUCGCAUAUUUCCAUGACGCCAACGAGCAUUGCCGUGUCACAGAUUCCAGUCACCUAUGUGACGCAGAGUGCGACGUCGAACGGUGGGAUAUCAGCGACGCAGCAACCUACAGUCGAUGUCAGCCAACUCCGUCAGACGGACUCCCCGUACCAACCACAGCUUCUAAAUCUACAGAAUAGCGUGCAACCAAUGAGCUCCCCAACACCAAUGCAGCAGCAACAGCAGCAGCAAGAUCCGCAAGCUCAGCAGCAGCAAACACAGCAGCAACAGCAGCCAACGGUGUAUAUUCAACGCACAUGGGCAAAUUAUCCACCCCAGUAUCGUUAAACUCAAGAUGAAAGAUGUCAUUUCUUCUGAUUCUUUACUUCCUGCGAAUACAAACAUUCAAAGAGACCUUUGGAGAUGCAAAAAAGGACAACGCAACGUUUUUUAAACUCAAGGUGAAAGAUUUCAGUUCCUCUGUUGUUUUUACCCUCUAAAGUUCGGUCCAAACUUCCUGCAAAAAUUUUGUGACGUAAAAAGGACAACACACUGUUUUUCCAAUUGUGACACAAGAAAAUUCACUCUGCACGAAGCAUUCGCAAGUAGUAUGAACAGGGCUUCAAAGAACGUUACAGAAUUGGUAAGAAACAAAACUCGUGAAAAUCACAGAUUUACAUGAUUUACACGGUGAUGAUGAUA